AGUGGACGGGACUGGACUGCUGACAGUGGAGAACGGAGAGAGAGGCCAAACUCAGUUGCACAUGAAAACUUAGAAUAUUUCUAUUUUCUUCCAUUACCAAACUAGAAAACCAAAACCAGCAACUCUUUCUUAAGCUGUGGAAGAAGAGCAAAUUGAACCAACCAAUCACUCUUUGAAAAAACACAACCCAACAACUGAUAUCCAGUGUAUGUUGAUUCUUUCCUAUUAGUUUUUCUUCAUUACUUCAUGUCCAAAUUUCCACUCUUUAGUUCCCUUUUCAUUGUUAUCCAUUUGUUUUCUGUUGAUAUGAUGAGAAUCUGUCCUACCCAGAAUUUUGAUUCUUGUUAGUGAUUCAAUACUUGUAGCAAGGAAUUUUAGUUUCUGCAAGUAGCAUAUUGGAUUAAGUUUCCAUGGCAAUUCUCAUAAACUCGGUGUCACCUAUAACAAACCCAUCAGCAGAAACUGCUAGAAAGGGUUGUGGGUUCUUUUCCCACAUCAGGGUCCAGACAUUUUUACUCAACAAGGGGUUUUCAAGAGUUUUGGCAUCAACCCAGAUUACCAUUUCUCCAAAGGACACUGUUUUCACUUUGCCCAAUUGGAGGAAUCCCAAGAAUGAUAGAAGAAGUAGAGAAGUUAGAAUAAUUGAUGCCUUUCAGCAUUUAGAGUCUAUGAUAGGGAAGGGCCAAAAGCCUGAUGUGGGCCAAGCAACUCAGCUCUUGUAUGAUCUGUGCAAGGCGAGUAAGAUGAGGAAAGCGGUGAGAGUGAUCGAAAUGAUGGUUGCUUCAGGCAUUAUACCUGAUGCAGCUUCAUAUACCUUCUUGGUGAACUAUUUGUGUAAAAGAGGGAAUAUUGGUUAUGCAAUGCAGUUGGUUGAGAAGAUGGAGGAGUAUGGAUAUCCGACGAAUACUGUUACCUAUAAUUCACUUGUUAGAGGGCUUUGUGUGCGUGGAAAUUUGAAUCAAAGCUUGCAGCUUUUGGAUAAGCUGAUACGGAAGGGGCUGGUUCCGAAUGUUUAUACUUACUCUUUCUUGCUUGAAGCGGCUUAUAAGGAAAGAGGGGUCAACGAAGCGAUGAAGCUCCUGGAGGAGAUCAUUGCUAAAGGUGGAAAGCCUAAUUUGGUUAGUUACAAUGUUUUGUUGACUGGUUUGUGCAAGGAAGGUAGGAGUGAUGAGGCAAUUAAGUUUUUUAGGAGUUUGCCUUCGAUGGGAUUCAGACCGAAUGUUGUGAGCUAUAACAUUGUGCUGAGGAGCUUGUGUUAUGAGGGUAGGUGGGAAGAGGCGAAUGUGCUUUUAGCUGAGAUGGAUGGUGAGGAUCGGACACCCUCCAUAGUUACAUAUAACAUCUUAAUCAGUUCUCUUGCCCUUCAUGGUAGAACAGAACAUGCUCUUGAAGUUUUGGAUGAAAUGGUUAAGGGUCGGUUCAAGCCUACUGCUGCAAGCUACAAUCCGAUAAUUACUCGUCUCUGCAAAGAGGGGAAGGUGGAUCAUGUGGUGAAGUGUCUAGACCAAAUGAUGUUCCGGCGAUGUAAUCCAAAUGAGGGAACAUUCAAUGCCAUUGCUGUGCUAUGUGAGCAAGGUAUGGUGCAAGAAGCAUACUCCAUCAUUCAAAGCCUCGGAAAUAAACAGAAAUGCUCCACGAAUGAGUUCCACAGAAAUGUAAUCACAAGCUUGUGCAGGAAAGGGAAUACAUAUCCAGCAUUUCAGAUGUUAUAUGAAAUGACCAAGUAUGGUUUUACUCCAGAUUCUUAUACCUAUUCAUCUUUGAUCAGAGGGUUGUGUCUGGAGGGUAUGCUAAAUGAAGCAAUGGAGAUUUUCAAGGUCAUGGAGGAAAACAACCAAAGGCCUGAUACUGAGAAUUUCAAUGCCCUUAUACUUGGAUUUUGCAAAUGUCGAAGAACAGAUCUAUCCUUGCAGGUUUUCGAGAUGAUGAUUGAGAAAAGGCUAAUGCCUAAUGAAAUGACAUAUACCAUUCUCGUGGAAGGGCUUGCACAUGAAAACGAAACGGAGCUGGCAGCUGAGGUUUUGAGGGAGUUGCAGGGGAGACGGGUUAUGAGUCCAAAUACAGUGGAAAGACUUGUUAUGCAGUAUGACCUUGAGGAAAUACCAUUGUAGAAAUAUGGGGGUAAAAGAGAGAUGCGGAGAAAACCAAACCAGAUGAAGUUAUGCAAAUCAGGGUGCCGUUCAACAUUUGUUUUGUAAAUCAGUCUACAAGGCAAGGAGAGACAAGAAGAAUAAGCACUCCAUUGUUCAUAUAUUCAGACUACGGAGCUGAGCAUGGAACAACUGCAGGCACCACUGCUUCUUUAUCAGCUUCAAGCUAAUUACUUUAUUAGUGAAACACACAGCUUGUAUACUUGCAAUUUUGUUCUGUAAAUUAAGUUCAACACCUGAUAUGGCAUUUGGUGUUUGAGCUUCUUCAUUUUAACUGAUGUGGAAACGCCUUCUUCAUUAAAAGUGAUAAUAAAAAUUCCCCUCUUCUAAUGCUCAA